GAAGAGAAAAAGGAAAAAUGGUACAUAAGGUGUGCCAUUUUAUUUGGUUCUGCGAAAUGGCGAAAGAGGAUAUGUAUAGAACUUUUUAAUAGAAAAAUAUUCUCUGCAAAAAUCAUUGAAGAAGAAAUUAAGAACUUACACAUUAAUUGUUUUAGUGACAUGUAUACAAUUUCCUACGCAUAUUGUGGAUACAUAUUUAAAGGGGGUGAGAAAGGUCAAAGGGGUAUCAAUACUAUUGUAAUAAUUGUAUCUGAAACAAAAACAAACCCUCUAUACAGUAUACAUUCAGAUAUUGCUGGUCUUGUUAUAUUGAGAGAAGAAAAUGAGGUAAAUGGAGAGGCUAAAGACGUUUUAUUAUAUGAAUCAAAAAAGAUCUCGACACCCUUCACUAAGUUCAAAAGCUUUGGAUGAUUUAUUUCAAAAUCACAGCAACAUAACCUUACUCAAUAUGUCUGGUGUACGAUCGAGUGGUUUCGAAACUUCAAAAUGUACAAUUGAAAGAACAAACUGCGUCGUUAUACAUUGUCAAGUAAAGGGAUUCAUUCCAUUUGGCGAAAUGUCCUUUCCAAAGGUUAUUGAAGGACAUACUGUAGAUGUACGUGAAGCAACAUGUAAGUUUGCAUUGGAUCCAUUACGCAUUGGAAUGAAAAUAGCGAAUCAUAACAGAAAUGGGUUUGGUACUCUUGGUGGAUUUAUUGAUUCUACUGGCACUUUCAAUAAAGUAUUUCUAACUUGUGCUCACGUUGUAUGUCCGAUUGCUACUUUGUUGCAAGCUGAUUUUACCAUAGAAACGGGGAGACAAGAAGAACGUGUAUUUGAUGGAACAGAUGGCAAUGAAAAUGGCCCUGUUGGCGUUGUUGAAAAGGUAUCCUUCCAACUAAAUGAUCUAAGCAAAGUGAGUGUUGAUGCUGCCUUGGUUGGUAUCAUUAAUCGUGAUCCAGUGGAUGGAAAAUUAGCUGAAGUGUAUAAAAGAGAGCAAAUAUACGUUGCAGGUUUUUCGGAGACCACUCUACCGGAAUUUAAACAUGGUGAAAUCGAGACUAUAUCUGAUGAUAAUUUUAGAAAUGAUGUCAUCAAAGUAGGAGCUAAAACAGGACUCACCAUUGAAUCCUUGAAGUACGAAAACUCAUGUGCAAGACUUGUUCAUCAUGAUUUAAGACUUGGAAACAACAUCAUGCGUACUUUUUGCAACCAGUAUGAAAUAAGUCCAAGAACCGAUUCUUCUUUACCGUCAGAAACAAAACAACUCUUUAUAGAUGAGAGUGACUCCGAAGCAUUGGUAUUUAUCGUUAAAAAUAACAAUCCUGCCUUGUUAAAGUGCAGAGGAAUGACCGUUGCAUUUACUUUCGUACAAGAUAGUAUCCAAAAAAAUUAA